AUGCCUGGACUCAAGCGAUCUAGGCCAGCAGAGGAUGCGGCUGCCUCUUCGGCGGCUAGCUCCUCCAAGUUCAAGGCUACCAAAAAGACAAAGAGCGCCGCCGCUGCUUCGACUUCGGCGGCCCCUUCUACUUCGCUCCUCUCGGCGCAGGAAGUCGACUUUCCUCGUGGUGGGAGCUCUGGCUUGACACCUCUCGAGUUCCGAGAAGCAAAGCGCGAGGCUCGCUCCGAAUCAGCCGCCAACGAGUUGCUCUUCAAGGAUGCCAAGGACGAACAGGCCGAAGCAAAGCGCAUCAAGAUGAAACAGAAGCUCAACCGCGACAAGCGCAACGAUGCCAAGAAAAAGCGCGGCCCCGCUACUUCCGCUGCACCGACAAAGACAUACGAGAAGAAGGAUCACAACCGUAUCGAGCACAUCAACUACAAGCGUCUCAUCCCCGGCUCGAGGCUGCUCUGCUCGGUCUUGGCCAUUCACCCAUUGGCUGUGGUCGUCUCGCUGCCCAACCAGAUGCUCGGUCACAUCCCCGUCACACAGAUCAGCCCACAGUUCACGCAACGUCUUCAAGCUGCCGCUGAUGCGAGCGCUGAGGACGAUAGCGAGCAGGAUGACAGCAUGGACGAGGACAGCGACGAGGAGGAUGCAGGGGCGAACGGCUCCUCGAGCAAGAAUGUCAAGAAGGUCCCCGAGCUGCGUGACCUUUUCCAUAUUGGUCAGUGGCUCGUCGCCAGCGUUGUCCAGGUCCGCGGCAGCGACGUUGCCAAGGGUCGACCGACUCGUGAAGGCGGCGAAUACGAGAAGGAGUCGCGUCGUGUAGAGCUUUCCCUGGCACCUCACCUCGUCAACACCGGUAUGGCCACCUCUGAUCUCGACGCCGGCGCCACCCUCACCGCCGCCAUCUCGAGCAUCGAGGACCACGGCUACAUGCUCGACACUGGCAUCUCCGAGUUCGGCGGCUUUGUUCCCUUCAGCGAGGCUGCCAAGCUCCCCGCCAGCUUCAACGCGGGCAAAAAUGGCAAGUCGCUCCACGUCGGCAGCGUCGUCUUUGCCAAGAUCAAGUCGAUACCCGAGAACAAGCGCAGCUUUGAGGCGACGCUCGACCCCAAGACAGUCACCACCAGUCCGAUCAAGCACGCUCCCAGCAUCACCGCCAUCCUCCCUGGCACGCUGACCAAGGUGCUCGUCACCGCUGCGCUCCCCACUGGUCUCAACGUCAAGCUCUUUGGCAUGUUCGAUGCCACCAUCGAUCGCUUCCACCUGCCGGAGUUGCCGGAAGGCAAGGACAUCCCAGACAUUUACAAGGAGGGCUCCAAGCACGUUGCACGUGUGCUUUGGGACCUGCUCAGUCCGCCCUCGACCGCUUUGCAGGGUGACAACCCGGACCACGAGCGCAAGUUCGGUCUCUCGUUGGCACCGCAUGUUCUUGCUCUCGAGGCUCCCGUCGCGAAAGACAAGCAGCUGCUCCAGCACGCCUAUCCCAUCGGCGCUGCCCUCAAGGCCACCGUCGUGCAGACCAUCAACGACUGGGGACUCAUCGUCUCGAUCCAGGGCACCGACCUGCGCGGUUUCGUCCACAUUUCCCAAGUCUCGGAUGACCACGUCGUCUCGCUCCCGCCCUCCUCCGGUCCCUUCAGCAAGGGCACUACCCACAAGGCUCGCGUCGUAGGCCACUCUCCCACCGACCGCACCCUCCAGCUCUCCCUCAAGCCCUCGGUCCUCGAGCGCAAGUUCAUGCGCGUCUCCGAAGUCGAGGUUGGCGAGAUCGUCAACGCGAGCAUCGUCAAGCUCGACCUGCCGCACGCCAUCUUCUUGCAGCUGCAGGGUCACGUCGACGGCGUCGUCUUUUCGCAUCACUUUGCCGACGUCAAGCUGACCCAGCCCGAGAAGCGGUUCAAGCCUGGACUCCAGGUGAAAGCGCGCGUGAUGGACGUCGACCCGAAUCGCAACCGCAUCGUUCUGACGCUCAAGAAGUCGCUCGUCAAGUCGGAUCUGCCGAUUGUUGCGUCAAUGCAGGAUGCGCGCGUCGGUGUGGUGACAAAUGCAACCGUGUUCAGGGUGCAGACCAACUCGCUCAUUGUGAGCCUGUUCGGUGGGCUCAAGGCGCUCGUGCCCGGCAGGGAGGUCAGCGAGGACGACUUCAACGAUGUCAAGAGCGGAUUCACGGAGGGCAAGGUGGUCAAGAUGAGGAUCACCGAGGUCGACUACGAGAAUCAGAAGCUCGUAGGUAGCAUCAAGCAGGCUUCGCCCGAAUAUCUCGCCAAGCUCAACGUGGACGCGGUCGAGGUGGGCGAGAAGGUGACGGGCAAAGUGGCUGCGGUGCACAAGGAGGUGGUGGUGCUGACGCUCGUGCCUUCUGGUGUGCGUGCGCUGCUCUCGCUGUCCGUGUUGGCUUCCAUCCGAGGUAUGACGUCGGAAGCUCUGCUCGAGAGUCUCGAGGAGGACCAGGAGAUCGAGGACCUCGUCGUAUCGGUCAAGAACCCGGGCAAGGGCAUCGUAAUCGUCGCCGACAAGGUGCGCACCAGCAAGAGCGCCGACGAAGGGGCCAACGGUGUCACGUCGGGUCAGGUCAAGCAAGGCGCCGUCGUCCAAGGUCGUGUCAUCCAGAAGAACGACAAGUACCUCGACUGCAUCGUCGCUCUCGGCACGGCCACCCGUGCUACGCUCCACAUCACCGACACCGCGGACGACUUUUCCUCCGCCGUCACCCUCCCCACUCCCGGCCAGACGGUGCCCUGCUAUGUCGUGUCGCUCAAGCCCAACGGCAAGAGCGCCGUCAUCUCCACGCGUCCCUCCCGCAUCUCCCCUUCUUCGACCGAAGUCGUCGACCCGGAGAUCACCAACAUCACCGACCUGUCCAAGAACCAGAAAGUCCGCGGCUUCGUCAAAGCCAUCACCAACGUUGGUCUUUUCGUGACCAUUGGGCGCAAGAUCGAUGCGCGCAUCCAGGUGCGCGAGCUCUUCGACGACUUUACCCGCGAUUGGAAAUCCCGCUUCACUGUCGGUCAGCUCGUCUCGGGCACGAUCAUGGACGUCAACUCUGCGUCUAAUGAGGUGGAGAUGUCGCUCAAGUCGACGCCGGGAGCCAUCAAGCCCCGGGCCGAGCGGGUGGAUGACGGCGACAAGAAGAAGAGGUUGACCGACUUCAAGGUGGGCGAAAAAGUCAAGGGUUGGAUCAAGAACGUGAUCGACUUUGGCGUUUUCGUCCAGGUUGAGGGGACGAAUGUGUCGGGGCUCGCGCACAUGAACGAGUUGAGCGACGGAGAUGCGGGCGAGGCGCUCAAGGCGUUCAGGGUGGGCGACAAGGUCCGUGCGGUGGUGCUGAGGGUCAACGCCGAGAAGAGGAAGAUUAGUUUCGGGUUGAAGGCGUCUUACUUUGACGCUGCUGAUUUCGAGGACAGCAGCGAUGAGGAGGAGGACGAAGAAGAGGACGAGGAGAUGGUCGAUGCCGACUCUGAAGAGAAGGACGAUGAGGAGGACAGCGAUGACGACGACGAAGAGGAUGAUUUUGUCGAGAUGGACGAGGACAGCGAUGCCUCCGACGACGACGCGCCUUCGCAACCGACCAAGUCGGGCGUUCCCUCGCUCGCUCUCUCGGGCGGCUUCUCCUGGUCGGCCGGUGCCAACGACGACGAUGCCGCCUCGGACCUGUCCUCGUCCGACUCGGAUUCCGACUCGGACACCUCUACCGCUGCUGCUGCCAAGACCGCCGCGCGCAAGCAAAAGCCCCCAAAAUCCCGCAAGACGCUCGAAGAGGACCUCACCGCCGACCUGGCCACCAAGACCCCCACCUCCUCGACCGACUUCGAACGUCUCCUCCUCUCGUCGCCCAACUCGUCUUUCCUGUGGAUCCAAUUCAUGUCGUUCGCCCUUCAACUCUCGGACGUCGCCCAAGCGCGCACCAUCGCCCGCCGCGCGCUCAAAGUGAUCAACUAUCGCGAAGACCAAGAGCGUCAAAACGUUUGGAUUGCCCUGCUCAAUCUCGAAAACACCUACGGCACGGUGGAGGAGUUUGAUGCGACCUUCCGCGAGGCGGUCCAGGCGAAUGACGGGUUCACCAUGUAUCUCAAGGCCAUUGGUAUCCUUGAGGGGAGUGGGAAGGUUGAGGGGGCGGAGGAGUUGUUUGGGAAGGCGAAGGGAAAGUAUUCCGUGUUGUCCGAGUUCUGGGUUGAAUACGCGCGGUUUUAUCUCAGGACGGAUCAGCCGGAUGCGGCACGAGCGCUGUUGCCCAGGGCAAUGCAGGCAGUGCCCAAGAGGGAACAUACAAGGACGAUCACUGCGUUCGCAAUUAACGAGUUCAAGCUCGGCGAUCCCGAACGCGGAAGGACGAUCUUUGAAGGUCUGGUGGAUAGCUUCCCGAAGAGGUUGGAUCUGUGGUGGCAGUACAUCGAUCAGGAGAGUCGACUGGGGGACAAUCAGCAGCAGGUGCGCGGGCUCUUCGAGAGAACCAUGACGCUCAAGUUGACCGCCAAGAAGGGCAAGAGUCUGCUCAAAAAGUGGUUGGAGUACGAGAAGAGGGAAGGGGAUGGCAAGAGCCAGGCGAGGGUGCUCAAGCGGGCCAAGGAGUUUGUGGAUGAGAUCAGUAGGAAGAAUGCCGAGGCGGAGGAGGAGGAUGAGGAGGAGGAGUAA